AUGGAUCCGACCCCGUGCAUGGCAGUUCAGGCCAAUGCCGAGUGUGACGCAGUCUUGGAAGUGGAGGGAAAGUGCUUCCCUGUCAACCGGUGGGCCCUGGCCUGCCACAGCAGCUAUUUUGAGGCCAUGUUCUUUGGUGGCACCCGGGAGCAUGCAGAGCGGCACAUCCGGAUCCAGGGGGUUGAGGCAGAGCCCUUCCGGGCACUCCUGGACUUCACCCGGACAGGCAGCCUCAGCCUCAACCCUGCCAGCGUGGCCAGCCUUCUGCAGACAGCCGACUUCCUGCGCCUGGAGGCGGCCAAGAGGCGCUGCGAGACCUUUCUGGAAAGGGAGCUGCGUGUCUCCAACUGCCUCAGCCUCAGGGCCUACGCUCAGCACUUUGCCUGCCCGGCGCUCGACUCUGCUGCCCUCAACGUGGCCCUCAGCCACUGGGCUGACGUGGUGACCCACGGCGAGGUUGAGGAGCUGCCCAAGGCGACUCUGAGGGAGCUGCUGCAGAGCGACGAGCUCUUCGUGGUUUGUGAGGAUGUGGUCUUCGACACGGUGACGCAGUGGGUAGUGGCAGACCUGCCCCAGCGGGCCCAGGAUUUCCUGGAGCUGGUGGGCCUGGUGCGGGUCCCCUUCCUCAGCCUCCCCUUCCUAAGCCUCCUGGUGAAGCGCAGCAAGCGCCCCGGGCUGGACCCUCCAGCUCAGCUGCUGAAAGAGCUGGACCGCUUCCCGCCCCCCAACUGGCAGGAGGCCACCCAGGCCCCCUGCGCGAGCCGGAGCUACGAGACCCUCUUCGUGGUGGCUGGGAAACGCGACCAAGAGCAGCAGGAGCUCUUCCACUUCCUGCCCAAGACGGGAGCCUGGCAAGCCUGCUCGCCACUCAAGAGCAAAAACCUCACCCAGUACGCUGUGGCUGCCGUGGGCAACCUCCUCUUCGUCACGGGAGGGAACUUCCGGGAGGAGUUUCUCUGGGCCCCCGUGGACCGGGUGUGGAUCUACAACAGCUGGGAUGACCGCUGGCUGGAGGGGCCGGCCAUGAAGGAGGCUCGCGACAGCCACUGCGCAGUGGGGGUUGGCUUCCACCUCUACGUGAUGGGGGGCAGCACCCCGGAGGGCAUCACCCCCAGCGUCGAGCGCCUUGCCCUGGCGGAGUCCUCCUGGGAACCCGCCAGUCCCCUGAUCCACCCCGUGGAACGAGCCGGAGCCACCGGUGUGGGGACGCGGAUCUACGUGGUCUGUGGCCUGGAUGAGAACGGGGACGUCUGCCGGGCAGUUCAGCGGCUGGACAUAGAGAGAGACACGUGGGAUGUUGUUUCUUUCUCACCGCUGCCAAGGUGA